UCAUUACAACCACCACCACCACAACAACAACAACAUCACCACCACUACCGCGGCCAGCAAUACCGCCCGACUACUGAAUAGCCAUCUGCAACCAUGUGGUCACCUGUCCUUGUCGUCCUGGCAGGCAUAGCCAACCUUGGCCUCGUCCUGGGCGCCGCUACCACCUCCACAAAUUCCAUCCCCAAGUCCACCCAAGCCUCUUCGUAUCUCUCUGAUGUGUGGGCCGGCCAAGGCCCUACGCCGACCUGGGCGACGGGCAAGUACGCCACGACCCUCGCAUCGGCUCUCUACAGCAUCGAGACCUCCUUCGGCGGCCGUUCCGACUACACCUCGAUCGUCGACGCCAUCUACUCUGCCGCGUCCAAGGGCGGCGGUGCCAAUGUCGUCUCGUCCCUCAGCGUGUCUCAGUGGAACUGGGGGGACAUUACCACCAACGGCUGGUACACGAGCAACGUCCCCAAAUCGAUGCAGACUGAGAUUUCCAAGUACGACAGCGCCUGGGAGAGCGCCAUAACGAAAGUCGAGGCCAAGGCCACAGCCACUGGGAAUGCUGCCGCGCCGAGAUGUACGGGCAUGGAAAUGGUCGGCGUUGCGGCCGGCGUCGCUGGUGUUGCCGCUGUCGCUGGUCUUCUAUGAGAAAGGAAGUCCAUACUCGAGGAGCAAUCGAUCCACCUCGGGGGAGGCCUGUCCUCGGAGGAAGGCUUCUCGUUGCUUGGAAAUCGCCAGCUGUCUUUACCGAGAAGAAAGUUAGCAAGAAAGAUAAUGAAGAGAGUCGAGAUUGAAGAGGGGUCAUUGUUCCCGACAUGUCACCAUAAUGAUUAUAUAUAGACUUACUUGGUGUGCAUGCUUCCUUCUGG